CACUUCAUUCUUGAAAGCAACCCAGCAACAUUUAAAGAUGCAGUGCAGACCUAUGUAGAACUUCCACAGCUACUGGGAACAAAGGGAGAGAAAGAUGUGCCAGUGAAGGUCUGGCUGAUGCCACUGAAACUGUUUGAACCUGCAGCUACUGGGGUGAGGACAGAUAUCAGCAUUGAGUUAGUGAGGAAGGCGCAGGAAGCUCUGGAGAAGUUAAGGGAGGCAAAAAUGAGAUGCAACGAUUCUCUGGAAGACAAAGUGGUAGAGAGUUUCCCCGUGCUUCAGGAAGAGUUGAGCACUUUCCUCAAACUGUGUGGUUAUUAUAAAACCAACAUGCAGCAAGCCAUGGCAGAGAAACUUCCCUCCAUCCGUGAAGGAAAGGAAGAUGAGAGCUCACUGGAAAAAGUCUUUGAAGACAGGCACAAGUCACCCUUCAACCAUGAAAAACUAAACAAGUGGCUGGAUCACAAAGAGAGAGAACUCAACAUCAUCAAGUCCUUUGUCGACACCAUGGAGGGAGUAAAGAUCGUCCUGAACCAGAACGAGCUGGACAAAGAGGUCCUUGCUUCAGGUGUAGAUGAUGUUCUGUGCUUUGUUUUCACCUCCAUGCUAAAGGGUGAUAUCUACCUUGAUGAGAUGGCUGACUUCUUGAAAUCACCCAAGUUAGGAAGUACCCAUGAAGAGGAGUGGUACUACUCCGAUGAAGUUCUGAAAUCAAUGAGAGAAAAAGCCACAUUUCUCCAGGGUGCUUCCAAAGGGCUGAAGAACAACAGCAAAUUCCGUUUCCUUAUAACGGCCAAAACCAAUCCCAAAUACAAAGGAGCAAGCAUCUACCACUACAAGAAAGGCCAUCUGGUCAAUGAAGACUUUCAAAAGCCUUCUUCUGUGGAGACCAUCACACACAAGAGAGAUCUGAUCUGGUAUGCCUGUGAUCUCCACCUGGACCCAAACACUGCCCACAACCGUCUCACUCUGUCUGAUGGAAACAAAAAGGCAACACAUGGAGCAUCACAGAAUUAUCCUCCUCAUCCAGAGAGGUUUGGAAACACAUGCGCACAGGUGUUGUGCAAAGAGGAGUUAUCUGGGUGCCAUUACUGGGAGGUCGAGUGGAGCACCAGUGACAGGGAGUCUGUUUAUGCUGCUGUUGCAUUCAAAGAAAAAGCUUCGUUUUUGUUGUUUGAUCCAGCAUGCUGGUGUUUCAGCAAUGAAACCAAUCUUAAGGCAUUGCAUGUCAAUGAGCUGGUGUGGGAAGCACCCCUUGGUGACUUCAAUAGAUUUGGGGUGUAUCUGGACUGGCCUGCUGGCACUUUGUCCUUCUACGGAGUCUCCGGCAACACACUGAGUCCCCUGUACACCUUUCACACCACAUUCACUGCGCCUCUUCUCCCAGGCCUCUGCGCUGGUUAUGAUUCCAACUAUGCCUACCUGUGUCCAGUUGAAUUGUAAAUUAACUGGAUUCAUACAGCGCCUUUCCAGUCUUUACGACCCAUCAAAGCGCUUUUACAUUGGCAGCCAUUCACACACAUUCAUAGAGGCAGAGGCUGUCACACACGUGCUCAUAGCCUAACGUUCACACACAUCUACACACAGUCGGCCAUUCUUGGUCUGCCUAAAGUUUAAAAUGGAAACCUAUAACAUCCCAAUUUAACUUAAACUUGCUUCACAAAAUAAAAUUGCAAUCAAACCCAAAGGGACGCGAAUGUUUUAUUAUUGCUUUCAACAAUUUAGCUUGUAUGAUGAAGCAUUCUGGGGAGUGGUCUUCACUGUACUCUGGGUAGAGUUCCCAUUCAUUAACAUUGUGUGCAGUUAUUGUCUGGUGUGAAGCGGGUACACCUGUUGAACACCUGAGAGGUCAACAUGUCCCAACUCCUCCCACUAAGGCAAUGAUGAAGAACUCUUAGCUUCUUGGUCGCUCUAACGUUUGAAAUGGCAACCUAACAUCCCAUUCUAACUUUAACGUGCUCCACAGAAUCAAACAUUCAUUCAAACCCAGAGGGACCAGAACAAACGAGGAUAUCAAAAAGUGAUUUAUUUAUCAGUAAAUGUUGAUUUCAUCAUCUUCUCAAACUGUUUAAAGUCGAUGCUUUACGAACAGUUGAACAAUAUUUCUUCAUAGGAACUUUCUAUCGUAGUAACAUAUACUCAAGCAUUAUAUAUCCGGCAAUCGCUCUGUCAAAACUGAUGUUGAAAUACAAUAUAAACAUAAUGG